AUGUGUAGACGUAUAAAAAACGGAAAGUUAUCAAAGGAUGCUAUUCUAAUGAUACCACCGAUUGAAUUUAAGUCUAAUUACAGUAAUUAUCCAUCUGAUUUUCCCGUAAGUGAACGCAAUAAAUCGCUACCAAUCCUCCAUUUUGCAAUAGGCUUUGAUGAUAAACGAAUGAUAGACUAUUUGUUAAGUUUCCAUCCAACGAUAGAUAAAAUACAACCAGCGUUGCUGUUUGCUAUAAAAUGCAAACAACUAAAAAUUGUCGAAAAAUUAUUAGCAGCUGGUGGAAAUAUCAACGACCCAAUGCUAUUCUCGACAGCCGUUUAUAGUGGUAGUACUGUAAUGGCGAAAUUUUUGUUUAAUCAUGGAGCUCCAGUUGAUUCAAAAAUAUGCAUUAAAGGAUGUUCGCCGUUAGUAAAAGCUGCCGAAUAUAAUAAUGUUGAUUUAAUGAAAAUUCUGAUUGAUAAUGGGGCUGAUGUCAACUUCCUAUCUUCGAAUCGCGUUAAAAAUUCUACAUGCACACCUUUGAUGGCUGCGUGUAGCAAAAGUGCAAGAGAACCAAUAGAAUUUCUUCUAGAUCAUCCAAAUAUUGAUGUCAAUAUUGUCGACCAUAAGCAUGAAAAUUGUAUUUUUUAUGUUGGUAUCUAUUCGCUGAGCAACAAUAAUCAUGACUUGCUGUUGAAUACUAAUAUCAAUAUCAAUAUUAGGAACAUUAACGGGAAGUUACUGAUAGAAUCUUCCCCAUCUCUUGCGCUGAUCUUUCAUAUUGUUGCACUGAUGGUCGCGGGGUUCAACGUCUGUGAAAGAAACAUCGAAGCUUCUAGUAGCAAAAGAUACAAGAAAUUACAAGCUAAAUGCUUACAAGAGAUUGAAUUGUUAAAGAGCACCAAAGAAUUGAUGACCAACUGGUCCUGCUUCAGGAUUCUUCGUACAUCUCAACAUCUACUGGCUCUGCGGUUCAAAAAUUUUCAGAUUCCGGAACAUCAAGGAGAAGAAUGGAGCAAAAAGUUUCCAAUUUAUGGGAAAAUGCUUGCAUUUAACUUCAAGAAAGCUCUUCAAAGGAAGAUUUUGCUUAAAAAAACAGAUCAGGUGCUUUUUGAUAUCUUCUACCGGAAACUGCCAGCUACUUUUAUCAAUGAUUUGUACCAUUAUAUGAGUAACUAUAAUUUAUCUAAAUUAGUUGAGUAA